AGUUUCAAACUUUUAAACUGUGAAGAACUUGGAAGAAUCUCGAAACUGGUGACGACAGACGAUUAAGCUUGAAGAGAAUAUCUGGCCUCUAACGUUCCGGAUAAAAUUCUCUCUCUCUUUGAUUUUGUGGGAUUCUCAUUCUGGUUUCCUACCGCCCAAAUUCAUAGGGCAUGUCUCAUCCAAUAGAUACCACCCUCUGAUUUCCUGAUAAUGGCCUCUCUAAUUUGCUUUUCGUCUUGUUUCAUUUCCUCUCCUGCUUCCUUUGCUGAUGGAAAUUUCAGAUUUCACUUGAAAUCUCCCAAUCGAUCUCCAAAAUUCAAUUCGGAACGAUUCAGAUUUAGGGUGAAAGCCCUUAAAGAGAAAACGGGCGAAAUCGAACGCCCAUCUCCAGAUGAAGUUACCAAGAAGUACGGACUCGAAGCUGGUCUCUGGAAGAUAUUUAGCUCAAAGGAGGAGGGAGAGGGCGAUGUUGGGAAAGGCAAAUCAAAGGGUGAGCAGGCAAAAGAGCUGCUUGCAAAAUAUGGAGGUGCAUAUUUAGCCACCUCCAUAACUCUCUCCCUCAUCUCCUUCUCUCUGUGCUAUGCACUCAUCAGUGCCGGUAUCGAUGUUCAAGCUCUUCUGCAGAAGGUAGGAAUUUCGGCUAAUGAGACUGGAGAGAAAGUUGGGACGUUUGCUUUGGCAUACGCAGCGCAUAAAGCAGCUUCUCCAAUAAGGUUUCCUCCAACAGUAGCCCUCACUCCAAUUGUUGCAAGUUGGAUAGGGAAAAAGGUUGAGAAACAGGAAUAGCAUAAUGGAGAGUUCUGAACAUUGGUUCGGUUCAAAUUAUCUGCUAGAAUUUUGUUUCAAAUCAUCUGAUAAUGGAUAUUGGUCUAAAUCCCAUACAGAUUACACAUUAAUGAAUUAUAAAGUAUCCAUCAUUUCUACUCUUGGCUAA